AUGGUGUUGAUGUGCUGGCCCAAUCACUCUGCCACUGCCACUGCCAUGCCACUCCACUGCCACUGCCACCAUCACCUACUCAAGUCACUUGAGUACCGUACUCAUCACCACCACCACCACACCACCAUGUCACCCUCAGAAGAGCUCCUCGACGAAAUAGAAGCCCUCAACUCCAUCUACGGCGACGGCACCCUCACCCCCUCCCCGUCACCCGAGGACCCAAACAUCUACAUCCUUGUCCUCCCACCCCCAGACGACGACACCGCCGCCUCGGACCCGUCCAACGACAACCCAUCAGAAUCAUCCAACCGCCUCUCCCUCCGCCUCUCCCUCCGCCUCUCCUUCCCCCCCUCGUACCCGGCCUCCGAACCCCCUGUGGUGCUCGCAACCCAUUCCGCAGGCGCAAACGCAAAACCCGGAGCCGCAGCCCACGCCCUCGCCCUCUUCCGCCAAAGCGUCCUCGCCACCUUCUCCCCGGGGACGGUAUGUCUCUUCGACGCCCUCGAGGGCUUUCGCGCCCGCGCAUCAUCAUCUGAAUCGUCCCGGGGCCCGGGUUCGGAGACAGCAACAGCAGACGAAGGACGGGAAGAAGACGACCACAACGACGACAACGACGACGACGACGACCCCUCCUCCCUAGGCCCCUCCCCCCCCUGGACCCUCUCGGACCCCUACACCGAGCUCAGAUCCACCUUCCUCGCCCGCGCCGCCCCGGCCGCCUCCCCCGCCCAGGCCUCCGCCUACGUCUCCCACCUCCUCGCCACCGACCGCCGCGCCCGCGCCGCGACCCACAACAUCACCGCCUGGCGCAUUCGCGCCCGCGGCCCCGACGGGACCCCCGCGGGCGCGACGUUCCAGGACUGCGACGACGACGGGGAGACGGCGGCGGGCGGGCGCGUGUUGAGGCUGCUGCAGCUCAUGGAUGCGUGGGACGUGGUGGUGGUCGUGACGAGGUGGUAUGGUGGGCAGAAGCUUGGGCCGAGGCGGUUUGCUGUGAUUAAUUCUGUUGCGAGGGAGGCUGUCGUGCGGCUUUUGGGGGAGGGGGUUGGUGGGAAGGCGGGGGGGGGUGGUGGUGGUGGUGGUGAAUCGGGGGGCAAAAAGAAGGGGAGAACCACAGAACCCCAGAACCACAGAACCACAGAACCACAGGCCACAGAUGCAUUCCCCCCGUCCGACGCCAGAAUAAACCACUCCAUCGACCAGGUUCAUUUCUUCUUCAGGUGA